AUGCAAGACCAAUUGCAAGAGCAGUUGGCUAAAAUGCAGAAUGAGAUGAGGGAACAAAUGAUGGAAGCUCAGAGGAAUAUAAUGGCCGAAAUGGCUCAGUUAUUGAGGGCCACUGAUAAAGGAAAGGCUCCUAUGGCCAUCAUUGAAGAGGAAAAUGAAGGUCCUCCUCCAGGUUUUACACCGCCGCAUGUAUCAUUGCAAACUGAGGCACCUCCUAGAAGGCCAUCUACUACUGUGAGGCCUCAGCACGGGCCAAUUGAUGCUGGUGUCCAUGUGAAUUUCCCGAUUGGUUCAGGACUUAAUAUGGGUGACAAUCUUACUAAUCUUCUUGUUUUCGAUCUAGAUAUGGUGGAAAAGGAGGAUUUAAAGGCCGAAGCUGCAAGGCAAUUGGAUGAACGCUACAGAUGGUUAGAAGAAAAGUUCAAGGCUUUGGAAGGCACUGGCAAUAAUCAUGGGGUUGAUGCCAAAGACUUAAGUCUGGUCCCAAACCUAGUGUUACCUCACAAAUUCAAAAUGCCAGAAUUUGAAAAGGACAAUGGCACUACUUGCCCAGAGGCCCACAUCACAAUGUUUUGCAGAAGGAUGACGGGGUAUGUAAGCAAUGAUCAGCUAUUGAUCCGUUGUUUUCAAGAUAGCUUGAUAGGAGCGGCAGCCAGAUGGCAAUAUGCACAGAGGUGGAAAGAGGUAGCGAUGCAGGUUCAACCACCACUGUUGGAGAAAGAGACCACCAUGUUAUUUAUUAAUACCCUGAAAGCCCCAUUUAUUACUUAUAUGAUUGGAAGCACUACUAAAAGUUUUGCGGACAUAGUUAUGGCAGGAGAAAUGAUAGAGAAUGCCAUAAGAGGAGGAAGAAUUGAGGGGGAAGGAGUCAAAAGAUCAGCCCCAAGAAGAAAAGACAAUGAGGUAAACAAUACAAGUGGUUUUAAUUCAAAAGCAGUCACAGUUAGCCAACCCAAAGUAGCCACAGUUGGGCAACAGGACUCCCAAAAGCAGGAAUCCAACACUAGGCAUAAGAGGAUGCAAUUUACACCUAUACCUGUGACGUAUAGGGAGCUCUAUCAAAAUCUAUAUGAUGCGCAUGCUAUAGCCCCUUUCCAUUUAAAACCAUUACAACCUCCGUAUCCAAAAUGGUAUGAUGCAAAUGCCAGAUGUGAGUAUCAUGCUAGAAUAUCGGGGCACUCAAUCGAGAAUUGUACUGGAUUCAAGAAAGCCGUAGAGAGGUUGAUCAAGAAUGGGGUUUUGAAAUUUGAGAGUACCCUAAAUGUUGAGAAUCCUUUGCCGAACCAUAACAAUCAGGGAGUAAAUGCCAUUGGUGAAGCCGGUGAAAAAAGGGAAAAGAAAAAUGUUGAUCAGAUAAGGAUGCUUAUGAGGGUAAUCUGGGAGGAGAUGAUGAAGAGAGAUUGCGAGGAAUUCAAGGCCUUGGUGCAAGGCUUCGUAGACAACAAAGAGCUACAGGUUUAUGAAGGUAGCUCUAGUGAAAAGCAAGGAAUAAUGAAAUGGGGACACCAGCAGCCCAAGGUUAUUAUCCAUACACCUACUCCUUUCUCUUACAAGGAUAGCAAAAAAGUACCAUGGAGUUAUGACUGUAGCGUGACGGUGCCGAGAGAAGGAAACAUAGCCAGCGCAUCUAAGGAUGUACGAGAUGAAGGUUCCCAUACGCGGAGUGGGAAGCGUUAUGAUAUGGGGGACGUCAGAGUGGAGCCCACAAAACCCAAGAAUGUUGAAAUUGAGAAAAAGAGUGAAGUAUCUGUUAACGAGCCAGUAAGGGAGGAAGAAGCUAAGGAAUUUCUAAAGUUCCUUUAA